GCUUGGUGGAGUGUGAUCACUAUGUUCGAAUCUUAGCAAUCUAACAAAAUGGAAGACAGGGAACAGGUUGAAGAAGCUUUAGUGGAUACGAAAGAAGGUAUCAAUGAACAUGAACAUGAUAAUAAAAUACGUUACAAUAAUGAAACAAAAAAUGAUAUUACGAGUGGUGGUGGUGGUGGUAAUAGUUUCCUAUAUCUAUCAGCAUUAACAAGUAAUCUUCUGAUGAUUUCUUGCAGCACAAACUUCACAUGGACAUCUCCCAUGCUGAAAAUCCUCACAAACAGUGACCCAGUAAUCAACCCUCUUGGCACUCCAAUAACACCCCUUCAACAGUCUUGGUUCACCUCUCUGUUUGGCCUUGGAGCGGUAUUCGGUCCAAUUUUCUUCGGAAAACUAGCCGACAUCAUAGGCCGUAAAAAACUCCUGAUGCUGCUAGCGAUACCAAAUAUAGCAGGCUUCUCGAUACUAGCCGUCGCUAGUGACAUCAGGGUGUAUUGCUUAGUAAGAUUCGUCCUGGGCGCUGUAACAGGCGUGGUCUACGCCAUAUUGCCCAUUUAUCUUACAGAAAUAUCAGAGCUAGGGAAUCGAGGUAUGUUAGGUAGUUUCAUGAGUGUGUUCAGCAAUCUGGGUAUCCUACUAGUCUUUGUAAUUGGCCCAUAUCUAUCUGUCAAACAACUCAGCAUAUGUUGUGCUGUACCUACCUUACUGUUCGCUAUAUUUUUUGGCAUCUUCAUCCCAGAAUCUCCUGUGUAUCUAGUCACUAAAGGCGACAGAGCUGAAGCUACCAAGUCACUGAUGAAGCUGAGACAAAGAAGCAGUAGACAUGUAGAAGCAGAGCUUCACCUGAUAACUAAAAAUGUCGAGAAGCAAACAGAAGUUGGUACUGUGGGGGAUUUGUUCAAAGAGCGAUCUCUGAGGAGGGCAUUGUUCAUCUGUUUCACCCUGCCAGUGUUCCAGCAGAUAUCUGGGUUGCAAGUUGUGAACUCGUUUUUGGGUCCUAUAUUAGACUCGACCAAAACUGGUCUAUCUACGUAUACGUCUACGGUCAUCAUAGGUAUUGUAAGGAUGUUUGUGGUUGUAACUGCAACAGCUCUCAUUGAUCGUGUUGGGAGGAAAGUACUGCUUUUAGUGUCCACACUGGGUUGUUUUCUUACACUGACGCUUCUUGGUAUGUAUUUUCAUCUUGAUAAAAGCGAGGUCUUUGAUAUAGAAAGCUUCUCAUGGCUACCUGUGAUUUCGCUCACUUUUUUCAUGGCUUUCUUCAAUGUGGGUUUGGUGGGUAUACCUUUCCUUUUGCCAAGCGAGCUUUUUCCGCCAAAAUUCAAAUCACUCGGUUCGUCUCUUGUGAGUUUUUCUAGUUUCGGAUUUUAUUUCUUGGUUGUGAUGAGUUACCCUAUUAUCUCACAUUGGUAUGGUAUCGAAUUGUGUUUUUGGAUGUUUUCUGGUGGAACCCUUCUUGGAGUUGUUUUCAUUUAUUUCAUGGUUCCAGAGACCAAGGGCAAGACGUAUAACGAUAUUAAAAAAUUUUUAGAGAAAUGAUAAAUGUUGAAACUAUAGGUAAGUAUAAUGUGAAUCCUUCUUUCCAUUGUGAUAUAAUUUGUUUACGAGAUUCUUUUAUCAGAUGAUAAUGCAUGAAUUAUGGGUUAUCGCAAUGAGUAUACAUUUUCUUAUCGUGUAUGGCAGAAAUAUUUCAAUGUGUACCUAACUUUGAAAUUCGAUUUUCGCUUAUAAGUUGUUUCGGAUAAAAUAAAUUCAGUCCGAAAUAGGUAUAUUUUCCAACAAUUUGUGAACAAACUUUAUGAAGAUUUUACCAAAUUAUCAAAAUAUGUGAAAUUACGUAUCACUUUCAAUUAGGAAAAUGUUUGUCAAUUCAUUCAACUCAUGUAGGUGAAAAUAUGGAUAAGUUUUUUAGAAGUUCAGAGAGUUGUGAUUUUUUUUAAUGAAAAAUGAAUCAAUUAUAUUAUGCGAAAGAAUAAAGAUA